AUGGCUACACUCACGGGCGUUGUCACGUUAGCCUUCGUUCUUUUCGUUUGCAUCAUAGUGCGGUUGACCUCGAAUCGACGCCGGCGAGGACGCAUACCUCCGGGUCCAUGGGGAUGGCCUUUCAUUGGAAAUGCCCUCGACGUGCCGAAUGCUUAUGCGUGGAAGGCCUUCGCGAAAUGGAGCAAAAACUGGGGGGACAUCAUGAUGCUUAAUCUGCUCGGGCAGAGAGUGAUGAUCCUGAACUCCCCGAGUCUUGCCUUCGAGCUACUCGACAAGAAGAGUGCAGUAUACUCGGGCAGGCCGGCAUUCCCCGUGAUCACCGAAAUAAUGGGCUGGGAACGUGAAACUGCCCUGCGUCCCUAUGGCCCGGCGUUGAAAGAGCUUCGUAAACUUAUCACGCAGACGAUAGGCAAUCGUACCGCCCUACUCGGCUUGUCAACCAGUCUUGAACACGAAGCUCUCGACUUCCUGUGUCGUGUUAUGUCCGACCCCAAGACAUUGAGAAGACAAGUAGAUCGAUAUACAACUGCCUCGAUUCUGCGUAUCACAUAUGGCUACAAUAUCAAAGAAGAUGGCGAUGAGCUAGUCAACGUCGUCAAGCGCGCAGUGGAGACUUUAAGCCUCGCCAGUGCGCCCGGAGCUUACUUAGCGGAUGUCUUUCCAAUAUUAACGAGGAUCCCCGCUUGGUUCCCUGGAGCAGGAUGGAAGAGACAAGCACAGGCGUGGCGCGUACACCACACGAUGAUGUACGAGCUUCCAUUUAAAUACUCCAAGCAACAAUUGCAAGCCGGCACAUUAGAGCCUUGCUUUGUGUCCAAGCAUUUGGAAGACUGUGACGACCCAGAGCGCGAAGCCUUGAUUGCUGAUGCAGCUUCCUCAAUAUUCGCAGGUAUGUGGGCCACCACGAUAGGGGCAAUCCUCGCCUUCUUCCUAGCUAUGACGUGCUUCCCCGAGAAACAGAAGAAGGUUCAAGACGAGAUCGACAACAUUAUUGGAAACGAUAGGCUUCCCUGUGUGACUGAUCUAGACCGACUACCUAAUGUAAAAGCACUUUGUUGGGAGGUGCUGCGAUGGCACGCCAUCUUUCCUUUAGGCAAGUCUACUCAUCCUAUCAAUGUCGGCGCCCCUCAUAGACUCACAGAAGACGAUGUACAUGCGGGCUAUUUCAUCCCUAAGGGAACGACUGUCUUCACCAAUAUUUGGGCUAUGCUUCGUGACCAUCGUCUAUACUCGAAGCCCGAAGAAUUCAAUCCAGACAGAUUUGUUCCUUCAGAUGGCUCUGAGCCAGAAUAUGAUCCCCGUCAGAUAUGUUUCGGGUUUGGCAGACGUAUAUGUCCAGGCAUGCAGUUCGCUGAGAUGUCACUAUCCCUCGUUGUGGCCAUGACACUCUCUGUCUUCAACAUCUCGAAGCCGGUCGUCAAUGGCAAGGUUGUAGAACCCUCGCUGCAGUUUGCUGCGAAUCUUAUCAGCCACCCGCUCCCCUUCGAAUGCGAUAUUCGGCCACGAUCAGCCAAAGCUGCAGCUCUGCUAUCCUCCGCCCUCGACGGUCGUGCUUGA